UAGCUAGUGGGUAGUGGCAUUCACAUUCACUGUCCUCACAGCACAAGAGUCAGACACACAUUCUAAGCUCUUACUUUGGCACGUUUUUUAUUCUCCGGCCACCGGAGACUCGCCGGAGAAAUGGAGGAGCCGAACUCCGAUGACUGGCUGCCACCAGGAUGGACAGUGGAAGUGAGGGUGAGAAAGAAUGGUAAGAGAGAUAAGUAUUAUUUUUCGCCCUCAAAUGGACUAAAAUUCAAUUCCAAGGUGGAGGUAUUUCGUUAUCUUGACAAUGCUCAGAACAAAGUCAGCAUCCAGAAAAUCUCUUCUAAUGUUGUUGUUGAGAAAGCUAUUGCAGAAGGGUUACCACCAGGAUGGGUGAAAAAGACCAGAAUCACAACAAAAGGAGAUACAGUUAGAAGAGAUCCGUACUACAUUGACCCUCUAAGUGGGUAUACAUUCCGCUCAAUAAAAGAUGUUGACCGCCAUCUUCAAUCUGGAGUGAUAAGAAGAAGUGCAUUAAAGCCAAAAGAUAAAGACGGCAUUGAUAUGGAGUUAAAAGCUGGCAAAUCUCUUUCAGCAAGUGUAACCUUGAAACCAACAUUAUCAGUUAGCAUGGGUCAAAGCUCAGAUUUGAACAUGAUAGCUAAUGACCAACAGACUCCAAGACCUGCAAGUUCUGGAGAGUAUAAGUCUGUCCCCAUCUCUGACUUCAUUUCCAAUCAGUGUGCAGUGGGCACUGAGUUGACCAGCUCAGUUCUAUCAGGGCCUAAAAGUUCAGAUCAGAAGGAAGGGAAGGUUUGUUCAGGUUGCACUAACGAAGAUGCCCAAGAGAAGCAGCUGCAAGAAAAUUCAGAGACAAAACAUGGAACUGAAAAAUCCCAUGCCGAAGAUCGCCACUGCAAAAACAAGCACAAGAAAGAUAUCAGUUUGCCUCGCCGCACUUCAAAGCGUCUUGCUGGAAUUAAGGUUGAUCCUGUUCCAGAACUUAAAACAAGAAAUAGAUCACGUCGUGCUUCCAUUAAACAAUCCAGCGAGGAAGAGACCAUCACAAUUUUUGAUAACUACCCCAACAGCUUACCUGAUGGUCUAGCAAAGCAGUUUAAUGUGCCUGAGGGUGGGUCAGAAAUUAAUUGCAAAUCUAUCAAGUCUCUAGAAGUGCAAAGAAGUGACAAACAUAAGGAAUGCAUCUCUUUUUCACCACCGAAGAACAGUACUACUGUGGAAGAGUGUGUGAGAGUCCUUGAGAAUGGAGAUAAAGUUGAUGCGAAGUUAGAUUACACCCUUGACUAUCCCCUCAGAGAACUACUAACAGACCCAUGUAUUGCAUUUGCAAUUCAAACUCUCACUGGAGUUACAUUUGAAACCACCAAAAACUCACAAACUUCUUCUGACUUAAAAACUAGCCAGCAUUCCGAAACUUCUGCUGCCGCCACUGCCACCACUGGUGUUGGUGAAGGGCAUGGUAAGAAAAGCCAUGAUGUGUUCUCAUCUCCAAAGAACAUUGCUAUUCCACAAGAACCUGCCGGUGACGCAAAAACCAAUGAUAAGGCAAAGAAUGAGAAUGCAGGAGGACCAUCUUCCGAAGAAGUACAUGACAUGUCAUGGAUGGAUCCAUGCAUUGAAUUUGCAAUCAAAACUCUCACUGGCACCAUCCCCUUAGACUCUGAUCAAAAGAAUCCCAAGAACUGCCUUCAACAGCAGCUCAACUCAUCCAUCAACCAACACAGUGAGAAGGCCUUGUCAAGUUCUUUUGUGGAUCCAUCUCUGCAGCACACCAGAAACGUUGGCAUAGGAAAUUCAGCUGGAGCCAGACUCUCUCACUGUGGUGAAGAUACUAGAAGGAAUGUUUGUUAGAUCAGCAACCAGCUUGUGCCUGAACUAACUUAAUAUUGUACAGCUAGGAAUCUCUGUAAAAAAACUUCCUACCCCAAGAAAGCUUUAACCUAUGUCCUUGUGUUGGUAUUUUGUUCUGUGAUCCUUUAAGCUGAUCCUAUAUAUGUGCUUUGUAGAACAUGCUAUGUGUAGUUGUCAGUUACUAUCAAGUUAGCUUGACUGUAGAACUGUGUCUCUAAUGGUGUCUAAUCUAUGUUGACUGUAGAAUCUUCCCAUCGUAUGACAUCAUAAUGGUAUCUGGUAGGACUUGGUACUAGGUAUAGAAUAAGCCAAAAUUCUUAUACUUUCACCUUGAAGCUGAUGAAGGUAAAAAAUGGUACCAAAUUUUUCCUACAUUAUUAUUUAA